CCGGCCGCUAGCCAGCCAGCCCAUGGUGGCACCAACGUUUCCUUCCCGUGUCGCUCGCCUGUCCUUCUUACCCCCCGAAACCUUUCCUCUCACUGACCGACCCUCACCUCUCUACACGUGCUUCCUUCCUUACUCACCGAGUGAGUUUUCUCACCUGCCUCUGGAUUUAUGAGUUUCACGCACUCCAGAACACCUGUGGCUAUUUCAAGCGUCUCAGGAUUUAUGGAUUAAAAGUUUAGUUAUCAAAAGUCGGAAACGUUCAUUUUGUUUAACUCCAGGUUUUGCGGUGUCAGCCAGAUCAUAAAUGAUUCUUUCCCCAACUAGAAAGAACGAACUCACUUCGUCUGAUGAGACACAUAACGUUGUCAAAUUACAACGAGAACUAAUGGCUUCUCUUUCAUGACUUACAAGGAACAGAUAACGGUAAAACAGGUGAAAUUUGCAGCUGUUGAUUUUGUGUGAGCACUGACGACAUUCUUCUAAGAAAAAUUCCCAUAUAUGUUUAUAGCUCAAACGACAAGGAUUAAAGGUAUCCAAAAUAUGGGCGAGUGUCGUGUCUCAGACGUAUCUUCACACUAGAAGUUAGAGAGAUAUACUCUAAAAAUUCGCAGUUUUGCUCCCUUGGAAAGGUUGUAGGCAGUGGUGAGGUGUGGUGUGUUUAUCCGUUGGUGUUAUUUCAAUAUGGCGUCUGUCAAAGAGUGCGGGACUGUCGCAGGAGUGAACCCACGGCGCUUCCUGCUGCCCUUGUUGCUGCUCAUGGUCGGUCUGUUCGCCUCAGCAACAGCCCAGAACACUUCACAGAGAAGUUGUCCACUUACUCUGAAACCACCGACUACAAAUAUUGGCAGAUAAUCAAAGCCCGAUUCGGAAAGAGGGCUCACACUAUCUUCUGUAUGUUUGCCAUUCUAACUAAUCUCGUAAUUACAAUCGGAGUUCUGCUGGCCGGCAAGGCUACCAUACAGGUAAGAUUGAUAUUCCACAGCUUCCUCACGUUUAGAUCAUGGGGCGCCUUCUUAUUCGGCAUCAUUGAGAUCUUCGUGUCGUCAGCGGUGACGUACUGUGACCAGGCCUCCUGGCAAAGCAGAAUUGCAGCCAAGCCAGUGCAGGGUGUGUGGGGCUUCAUUUUGGCUGGCUUCAUCUGGUUCUCCAUCCCAAACGUGAUGGCCACAACCACGGGCAUGGCAUACCUAGCUCUCAGCUCGGACAAUGGAACGCACCUGCUCAGCGAAAACCAAAUCUUGGAAGGUCAGAGAAACAAUUUGGAACCGCACCACUGCGUCCUGUGCGGAAAGACCAGAAAAGGUUUGGCGAAGUCCACCACGAACGCGCACGGUGACCACACGAGUGAGCUGUGUUCUUGCGCUAACGCUACCAACUGCACUCAAUGCACUGAGGAUGUCGCGCGUGCGAGAGAUAGUACUCAAUAUUACCUCAAACAGCCAUACUCCUGUACAACGCACGGGAGAUUUAGGGACUACAUGGACUUCCUCUUCGACUUCAAGAACUGGUGCAUCGUGUGGGUCACCCUCUCUAUGAUCCCUCUGGGUCUUAUCGUCUUCAAGUCCGGCAUCAACCUCAACUGGAUCUUCUACUCUGGGGCUACAGUGACCAUCCCAUGCUUCCCGCCCGUUGUACUCUCCAUUGUCUGGGUCAAGGCCACCGGAACUGGCCUCAUAGCAGGUAGCCUGAGUGGACUGGUGUCCGGGGUUGUAGCAACUAUGGUGGCGGCCACGCAGUACCCUGGAGGGCUCAACCUCUUCCUGGACAACACAGUCCGGGACUACACUAUUUUGGCGGGAAAUGGCAUCGGUUUCCUGGUCUCUCUAACCGUUUGCAUCGUUGGCUCACUGCUCACUCAUAAGAUAAAAUCUCCAGCGGACGAAGAAUUUGAAUGGAUGAAGAUGUACGAUAUUGACAACCCUUUACAGCCCUGGGAACUUUUGUAUCGUGAAGACAUGAAGGGUAUGGAGUACGAAGAGCGGCCAUCGUUCGCCCAGAUGGAACAGGCGUUCCGGAAAGCCAAGCUGACCGCUUACAUCGCGGGUUCAGCAAGCAUCUUCCUCUUUGCCUUCCUCAUUCCUGGCAUCAUGGCGGCUUUCCCAGAUAUGAACCUUACUCGCUUCGGGAUGUGGCUCAACUUCACACAGACGUGGGCUGUCGUUAUGGCCAUUAUUGUGGUGGUGCUGCCGCCGACAGAGGAGAUAAUCCGAAUCGUUCGUCAGUGCAGGAAAAACAAGACUCCAUCUCAGGGGACGCUCAAAAAUGGCUGCACAAUGGGCGGUAACCAAUUCAAUAUCGUCAGGUCUCCGUCGGCCCCGGAAGCAUAUGAGCUCGUCGUCAAAGAUAGCACAGACGUCAUAGGAGCCAACAGUGAUGUACUUCCGACCGCGGUAUAAAAAUCAGGGAUUUUCCAUUGUCAUUAGGGAAGACACGCUUGGCGCGUAGAUGAUCGACAAAAUCAGAGGGGAAAAAAUCAAAACAAAACAAUGAUGUCCCCCAUCCCGCCACUUUCCAUUCAAAGUGAGCAUUUCGAUUCGUUCACAUCUGACACUCUCUCGCAAAGAAAUGGAAAGGGAGUGGGGGUGGGGUGGGUGGUGGCAGGGUAUCUGCUUUAUUGUUAACUACGAUGGAGUGUCCAGACACCACACGGAAGGAAAUUCGUUGUCUUUGUGUAAACCUUUAGUUAAAUUGUAUCUCAGGGCUCGCUAUAUAACUACAUUUCUCUCUAAGGAAAACAACGAAACCAAACCAAACCAAAAUCCUCUAAAAAACAGGAACUAUAAGACGGAUCACAUUGUUUGAAAAUCCCUUACGUCACACAAUAAUGGAUCUUUCUGUCUUCAGGAAAAUGAGAUAUAAUGCCAGCUAGGGCGUAAUAGGAUUUCAGGAUUUGCUAUUUCUGUAAUGGUCAGUUUUAUGUCAUUUACUGCAUGAUAUUCUGAUUCGAAUAUAUUAAGAACGACACACAAAAUAUGAACAUGUUCUUUGAUUAGAGGCCAAUCAUGACAACUCAUUAUUAAAACUAACACUUGGUCCUUUUAAAACAGUAGUUAUUGAAAAUAUGAGCUGAACUUCUCUCAAUUUCCAACUAGGGAAAAUGCAGAGAGAGAGGGGCUUUCAUCUAGAUGAAGUAUUAUUAUCUUAUCGUAUAUGCACUGUGUGGAAAGACACAAGAAUAAUAAACCCCUCACAAUAAGACGUGUGCAAGGAAACCACGGUAUCGUCGAAGUCUCUCUCAUGAGAUGAUAUGCUACAUUUUCACAUACAAAAUGUAUUUUGUUUUUAUGUGUGUAUCUGUCUUAAUACAAGUGGAUGAAACUGGGAUGAGUGUGCGUUUGUUCGCUUUACAAGAAUGUGUAGAGACUUGUUUGUGUGAAGAGCAACAUGAUUACAAUAUUAAUACUGUUUAGGUAUGAACAAAACAAAAGUAAAGAUGUAGUGAGUCCAAAUUUGUAAAGGUUAGAGACUAAAUAUAUGCCAAACUAUUUCAGAAUCAGACAGACAGAGAAACAGACGAGGGCGAUGCAUAGACAGAGAGGGGGAAGGGGUGGGGGUAGCGGGGAGUCGAAAAGAGAGAGGAGGAGGGAGGCAGAUAGUUUGAUAGAGAAGGUUACACAUGAGUAAAAUCACACCUGUACUCAAUAUUGAAGCGUACCUCACACAACUGAAUAAUAGGCCGUCCAUUAUAAUAUUUAAUUGGCUUCUUUUCAGAAAACGUUUUUGACCGAGUUCACCAAUUUAUUACAGAUUUUGACACUGAGCAAGUAUUAGUCUUUCAAGAUGCCAAAAACACAAAGAGCUGUUUCAUGCAUUCCAAAACCAAAGAAUACACAUAAGAAUCUUUCAAAGAUAAUAGAGGAGACCCAGUAAAAAAGAAAGAAGGAAAUGGACCACCUCGCUUGAAAGCAGAAGUGCAAGCUGCCGUUAAGAAAAUGAAACAAGGAAACGCUACAGGAUCAGAUAAUGUCCCAGUUCAGGUAUUGUAACUCUGACAGAAUUUAGUUUUGGUAUAACAACAAAGCUCUUAAAAUCUAUCUGUGAUAAUGGUAAGAUUUCAAAAGAUAUUAUGCUUUAUCUAAAAUGCCUUGUGCUACUGAGAUGCAUAGAAUAAUACGCUCUUUGAAUCAUUUAAAAGAUACAUUUAAACUACUUUAAGGGCUAAUUUUCUUUCUCUUUUUUAAAUGAGAAAAAAGUAUUUUGAAAAAGAAACACCUAAAACACAAUUUAGAUUUGUUCCUAACAAGGGUACCAGAAAUGGUAUUAACACCCUGACAAGUAGAGGGAAAGAUGUAUUUUGAAGGGCAGAAAUAUGUGUGUAUAUAUUUCAAAGAUUAUUCAAAGGCUUUUAAUAAAGUUAGUCUUGAUGAGCUGUUUUAAGUUUGGAAGAGAUAGAUCUAGAUGGAAAUGAUGUAAGGAUUAUUUCGAAUUAUUACUAGAUCCAAGACCAAAUCGCUGCUGUAAUAAUUGAGGGAGAGUGCAACGAACAUAUGCAGAUUGAAAGAGGAACGAGGCAAGGAUGCGUUAUGUCACCAAACCUGUUCAACAUAUGCAUCGAAACAGUUCUUAGACACACAAAAAUAAGUUACGAAUAUCAGAUACAUGCCUAUGAAACAGUCUUAAUUUCAGGUUCAGGUAUGGACUUUCAAUUGCUUCUAACUACUAAAGUGACGGAAAAUAAAUGUAAAGGGUUAUUGUAGAAUGCAUGGUCAUAUCGUAAACAGCAGAAAAUCAUAUUUGUAAUUUCACAAGCAAAUGUGGAACCAUCAAACAAGUUCAACAAUUUGAAUAUCUGGGAGACAUAUAUUCAAGAAUAAAUAUUACACAAAAGUAAAUGGAACAAUCCCAAUAGUCAAAGACAUUUUCAAUUUUAAAAAAUGAGCAUAAUCCUGAAAAUAGAAAUAUCUCAGUCACUACCAAAUUUUAAUUAAGAAUUCUAAAAUGUCCUGUAUAGUCAACACUUCUGUACGGCUAGGCGAAAUUAUAAAAAAAAAAAAGAAAAAAAAGGACAACGAAUACUACGAAAAAUAUUUUAU